AUGGCGGACCAACUCCUCUCCACCGGACCCCCCCGUCGGACCCUCCCUGAGAGCUACAUCCGGCCGGAGUCUCAGAGGCCCCGGCUGACCGCAGUCGAGAGCGACGCGAACAUUCCUGUCAUCGACCUGUCCACCGAUGAUUUAUCCCAAAUCAUGUCCCAAAUCCGCGACGCCUGCCAAUACUAUGGCUUCUUCCAGAUCGUGAACCAUGGGAUGCCUACUGGAUUGAUGGUCGAGAUGAAGGCAAUUGCCCGUGAAUUCUUCAGCCUCCCUCCGGAGGAGAAGGCGAAGCUCUAUUCCGAUGACCCUGCAAAGAAGAUAAGGUUGUCGACGAGCUUUAAUAUCCGGAAGGAGACAGUUCGCAACUGGAGAGACUAUCUUCGGCUUCACUGCUAUCCUCUGGAGGACUUCGUGCCAGUGUGGCCUUCCAAACCCCCUUCGUUCAGGGAAGUGGUAAGCACGUAUUGUAGGGAAGUUCGUCAACUAGGCUUCCGACUCCUUGGUUUGAUAUCUUUGAGCCUGGGUUUGGAGGAGGACUACAUUGAGAAGGUUCUUGGCGAGCAAGAACAACACAUGGCCAUAAACUACUACCCCCAGUGCCCGGAGCCUGAGCUCACAUAUGGUCUACAAGCCCAUACUGAUCCAAAUGCUCUGACGAUUCUUCUUCAGGACCAAAAGGUGGCUGGCUUGCAGGUUCUCAAGGAUGACAAAUGGAUCAGAGUGGAUCCCCGCCCCAAUGCUUUAGUGAUCAACAUAGGCGACCAACUACAGGCAUUAAGUAAUGGUAGGUACAAGAGUGUUUGGCAUCGGGCGGUAGUCAAUUCAGACAAAGAAAGGAUAUCCGUGGCAUCUUUCCUUUGUCCAUGUAACGGUGCCGUCAUCAGCCCCGCAAUGAAACUUACCGGCGAAGGAUCCCCGGCCAUAUAUAGGAGCUUCACAUAUGACGAGUACUACAAGAAGUUUUGGAGCAGGAAUUUAGAUCAAGAGCAUUGCUUGGAACUCUUCAAACGCUAGCUUGUCACAUCCACCAUGCCAGCUGAAAGUCAUUGUGUGUCUAAUGAUUCUAUUUUUUGUGUAUUCUAUUUGAAAUAGAACUUUAUUUUUAGUAUUACUCUAUUUAUAUAUUUUUUUCUAAAAAUUGUUAGAAUUUAUGUUCUAGUGGGAUUUUGGUUUGUGACUUCAAAUAGUAGUUAAACUUCUACCUACAUGAUAUCUAUUUAAAGAGACCAUUGGUGUCUCCUUCAUAGUGUGUGGCUUGUAAGUUCAAAUAAGAGUAAAAUUCCUACCUAUAUGAUGUCUAUUUGAAGAAACCAUUGGUGUCUUUUUUGGAACGUGUGAAAAAAGAAAGAGGAGAGAUUAUUUGUGCU